AUGGUUGGAGUCUGGAAACUAGACGAAGUUGCUACUGUACGCGUACCCAGCCCCAAGAACGGUGAAAGCAACCAAGCUUCUCGCGAACCGACCACCCUCAUCAACACCUUCAAGACCACCGUCGCUAGAUGUCCGAACGACAAGGCUCUCACCAUUAAGAAGGACGGUCAGUGGGUCUCCCACACGUGGCAACAGUACUACGAUACCAGUCGACGGUUCGCACGAGCCCUCAUUCAAGUCGACGUACAGCCUCAUGAGGCCGUCAAUGUGCUCGGUGAGAACUGCCCCGAAUGGUUAUUCACCUACAUGGGCACCGUUCUGGCAGGCGCAGUGAUCGCUGGAAUCUACGGCACAAGCAACGCUGAAGCCUGUCAACACGUCUCAGCACACUGCGAAGCCAAGGUUGUGGUGGUAUCUGACAAGGUCCAGCUCGACAAGUACUUGUCGGUCUUGGAUCAACUACCAGCACUGAAGGCUCUAGUAGUGUGGAACGAGACUGACGUACCCCAAGACACCAAGUAUCGUGUUCCAGUCUAUUCGUUCAGCGACUUUCUUCAACUCGGCGAUUCAGUGGACGGAAGCUUGGUUGAAGACCGUAUGGCUGCUCAACUCCCUGGCCACUGCUGCUCACUCAUAUACACGUCUGGAACGACGGGUCCACCGAAGGCUGCAAUGAUUUCUCACGAUAAUUUGACGUGGAUCACUGAGGCAGCUUUGAAUGCCCACCCAGAAGCACGUGCUGCGAAGCGAAGUGUGAGUUUCUUGCCGCUUUCUCAUAGUGCAGCUCAACUUCUGGAUAUCCACGUGCCUUUGGUCAUCGGCUCCGAAGUGUAUUUUGCUGGACCAGAUGCGCUUCGUGGAGGAUUGUUGGCUACGCUACAAGAGGUGCGACCUCACUACUUCUGCGGUGUCCCUCGUGUGUGGGAGAAAAUGAUGGACGCACUCAAGGAGAAGCUUGGUUCUGCCCCUGAAGGACUGAAGAAGUCGCUGCUGACGUGGGCUAUGGAACGGAGCUGGGCCUACUUGGAGCAGACUCAGUACGGAUCAACACCCAGUGGCUUUGGUAUCCGAUUCAGCGUUGCCGAUUAUUUGAUCCUCAGCAAGAUUCGACACGCACUGGGGCUCGAUGAGUGCACUACUUUCCUCACUGGUGCCGCUCCUACUUCUCUGGAAGUCAUGCGCUUUUUCGCUUCUCUGAACAUGCCGCUGUACGAACUCUACGGACAAACAGAGUCUACGGGACCACUCACCUUCAGUAUGCCGAAUAAAUGGAAGCUGGGAACUGUUGGUCCUCCACUGGAGGGAACUCAAGCUCGAAUCGACCCGGACACAGGUGAGAUUCAAUACACUGGUCGUCACGUCUUCAUGGGUUAUCUUCACGAUGAAGAGGCCACUAAGAAAACUGUCGACGAGAACGGCUGGUUAUACUCAGGAGACAUUGGUGAGAUCGACGAGGACGGCUUCCUCUCCAUUACUGGACGUCUCAAAGAGCUCAUCAUCACUUCCGGAGGUGAAAACAUCCCACCUGUGCUCAUUGAGAACGAGAUCAAAGCAGAACUUCCGGCGCUAUCCAAUGUUAUGGUCAUCGGAGAAAAGCGCAACUACCUCACCUUCCUCUGCUCUUUACGAGUAGAACCUGACCCUGCUACUGGAGCACCCACCGACAAACUGGACAAGGUGGCUCUGGCUGUUGCUAAGGAGAUCGGUAGUGAUGCCGCCACUGUCUCGGACGCUCAAUCGUGCGAGAAGUUCCGUGAGUACAUCAGCGAAGGUAUGAAGCGCGCCAACACCAAGGCUGCUUCGCGGGCUCAACACGUGCAGAAGUUCUUCAUCAUCCCUCGUGAUUUUAGCAUUGGCGGCAACGAGUUGACUCCAACGAUGAAGGUCAAGCGUUCAGUGGUGGAGAAGGUGUACAUGAAAGAGAUAGAGAAGAUGUACACUUCGUAA